UCUAUUCCAUAGUGGGGAAAAGGGAUGAACUUUGUCUCUGCAUUUCGCCUUGGGAGAAAGCGACAAGACCCCACCAACUUCCGUCCACUCAAAGUUGUCUGUCAGAAUGAAGAAGGGCACCGCCGUAUCCUCGGACGGACCUCCCGUCUCAAGGGAGAAAAAUUCUGUUCUUAAAGAGCUCUCCUCAGAAGAUCGAACCAAAAUGAGGAACACAGUUAACGAACUACGAAAGAGUAGAACAAAUGGCGAGACCAACUUGCACAUAGUGGAUUUUCAGGUAGUGCAGAAAGUACAGAGGUCCCGCCGGAAGCCAGUUUAUCCUCCCCGGGACUUAAAAACAAGGACGAAGGAUGGACUACAGGUGAUCAUCAUCAUCAUCGUCAUCAUACACGUUAGCUGGAGGUGAUGAUUGCAAACGUUCGCAGCCUCCGGAACAAAUUGGACGAGGUACACGCUCUUACCUCAAAGUUGCUUCCUGACCUGUUGGCCUUCACUGAGUCCUGAAUCAUCAGAUAUCUCCAACCCUGAGACCUACAUUUCAGGAUACCAACUUUU